AUGCUUAGCUCUGCUUUAGCCAACAACUUGACGGCAUAUUUUCCCUUCCACAAUGACAAUGAAGUGGUGACUCAUGAAGAACUUUUAUGGAAUAUUUGGCAGGAGCAACCCUAUGAGGGGUUAUUAGUAAUACAACACAAUCGUAUCGAAGAUUUGGGACUAAAUCUACUGCUGCGGAUACCUCAAAUUAAAAUAAUUCUUACCAAGGAUUCACGCUUAGAAUAUAAACAUAAAAUUGGAAAUUCAAAUAUUUUAACCAUUAUUAUGGUAUCGGGUUACCUGAAUAUGGAAAUAAUGGAAGCAACUGCAGUUACACUAAAUUAUAUGCGUCAAGUCAGAAUCUUGUGGCUAGUGGAAAAUGUCACAGACACUGAAGGUUUCAAGGAUUUGGUACUGCAACAAAGCCAAUACCACAAAAUGACAAACGUCAUUUUACAUUUCGUUGAGUUGAGGGACGUGUAUCAUUUCAUUAAACCUUAUCCAAAAUAUCAUUGGACUUCGGGUAGUGUAAAGGAUAAUAAUGGGGCCUAUUAUCCCCAGCAUUGGUGGAAUUUACAAAAUAUGACCCUUUUGACCGAUGUGGAUUUGAUUUCACCUCGUGCCCUCAUAUACGAAGAUCAGAAUAAAAAUAUCAAAUUAAAUGGUCUGGUGGUCAGAAUGGUGUUGCUGUUUGCGGAAUACUUCAAUGCUACUCUAAAAAUGUAUCAUCCUCUGGAGGUGGGCAAAAAGUUGACUCAUUUCAGUGUUAUCCUAGAAAUGGUUGAUGAAAACCUCCUGGACAUCCCCAUGGCCGUGGACGGUUCAUAUGACGACAGAUGGUUUAACAUGACAGAUCCAUAUGAAAUAGACCAGAUCAUGAUCAUGGUACCGCUUUCGCCACAAUAUACCCUGCAUGAAAUAUUCGGCGUUUUAAUGGAUCCCCUCUUCUUUGCCUGUCUAAUGGGUUUUUCAUUGUUGCUCUCCUUGGCCCAUGUUGUCAUUGACUAUUAUGCUGAUGGCGUUUGGCGCUUAAUGGAUAUAUUGAUGAGUGAGAAAGUGUUUCCGGGGCUAAUGGAUCAGGCCUUUUUGAUCCGAACUUCAGAAUGGUGGAGCCAUCGCAUAAUUUUCUUUUUAAUUGGUUUCACCGGCCUUAAUUUGUACGCUCAGUUUUCCGGAAGAAUGAACAGCCUUUUCACCAGUCCACCCUAUCAUCCACAGGUUCGCACAUUUGCCGAAUUGAAACGAUCCCAAAUCAAGCUACUAGUCGAUAUUGCUGAUGCCCGAAAAUUGGGUUACUUCUACAGUGAACGGAACAUCAAUGCCAUCUACACAAAUACGUCGAAUUUCAUUGAGGUGCGUGCCAGUCUCGACAACACAUACUGCUACUUUGUGCGCACGGAUUCUUGGAGCAUUUUUGAUGAAAUCCAAAAGUACUUUUCAAAAAAGAUUUUUCACGUUCCCGACGACUUAGUUUUAUUUUCAUUGGCAAUGUGGGGUUUCAAGUUGCAAUUUAAUUCCCCCUUCAAGGAACCACUAAAUUAUUUGAUACAUCAAGUUCGGUCAUAUGGUCUGCGUGAAGCCUGGCGACGCAGUGUAGUUUCCGAUUUACUUAAACUGAAGGAAAUUUCAUUGUGGGAACCUAAUCCGACUGUUGAACGAAUGUACCUCACCGUGGACGAUCUUUUUUGGGUUUGGGUAAUGGUCGCAGUUGGUUGUUCAGGUGGUGCGGUUGUAUUCUUUGUUGAAUUGUGUAUUUCAAGAAAACGAUGGCGGAUAUUCACAUGUUCCUAA